AUAUAACUUUGACCGUUUCAGCUCUCCAAUAUCUUUUUCUUUCUUAAGAAUCUACCCACGCCCAUUCUUUUCUCCUUUUUUCAGUCCUUCCGACAAUAUUUCCUACUCUACGCGAGAAAACAGAAAAGAAAGAAAACGAACUAUGACCACCGCCGAAGGCGAAAGUCGUAAUUGGCUGGAGCUGCCCUUGGACGUGACGGCCUCGAUUCUCUCUCGGCUGGGUGCAUUUGAGAUCCUGAAGAGCGCCCAAAACGUCUGCUCUCAAUGGCGAAAGAUCUGCAAAGACCCAUUGAUGUGGAGAUCCAUCGAUAUGCACAAUUUGGGUUAUAUAGCGGCCGAGGACCGUGUCCUCGAAAUGAUGUGCGUCCACGCUGUCGAUCGCAGCUGUGGCCACUUGCUUGAUAUCAAUAUCGAGUAUUUUGGUACCGAUGAGCUUCUACUUAAUAUCGCUGAGAGGUCUAGUCAUCUUAAACGUCUUCGACUUGUAUCGUGCUAUAACAUUUCAGAUGAAGGAUUAAGCAAGGCUGCUUCAAAACUUCCAUUUCUAGAAGAGCUUGAAAUUUCAUACUGCACCAUUUCAAAAGAUGCUCUGGAAACUGUUGGGCGCUGUUGCCCUCGUCUGAAAUCCUUUAAAUUCAAUAUUCGGGGAUGCAGACGCUUCCGAUUAGAGUCUGAUGAUGAGGCACUAGCUAUUGCACAAACUAUGCCUGAAUUACACCACCUCCAACUUUUUGGGAACAAGCUGACAGAUGAUGGCUUGCAGGCCAUUCUAAAUGGCUGUCCUCACCUCGAAUCCCUUGACUUGCGCCAGUGUUUCAAUGUUAGUCUAGUAGGGAACUUGGAGAAAAGAUGUGUUGAACGCAUGAAAAAUUUGCGACGUCCUUAUGAUUCGACUCAUGAUUAUGAGUUUGAUGCGGAAGUUCAUGAUACUGGGUCAUCAGAUGAAGAUUACCCAUCUGGAAUUUCUGACAUUGACUUAAUGUCUGAUGAUUAUGAUGAUUAUUUUGAAUUCUCAGGGGCCAGUGACUUCUCUGAUUACGAUGACGAAUACUUGUUUUUUGGCUAAUGGUUUGUCCAUGAAGUAGAGACUACUCCAGACAAGGAAACCAGGUAACUAGGAUGAAGAUAAAAAUUGAGCUGCGAAUUCAGUGAUGUUAUUGCAGGCUCAUCAGGUUGCUCCUCAUCAUCAAAUAUGUCUCUUUUUGCACAUGGAAGGUUGACAUCUAUCGAUAUGUCUGUUAUCGACAGUUUGAGAGGUUUCAUAUGAUCGUGAUUCCUCCAGAAAACAGCAGUUAAUCUUUUCCAGGGACCUUUGUUGUACCUCUUGUUUGGUAUACUCUUCUAUCUAUACAAAUAGCAGUUAUUAUUAUCUUUUGGAAUCAUGUGGCGAAUCAAAGUUUAUCAAGUUGUUUUUAGUUGCUUUAUAGCCCGGGUCUCGGGAACCAUGUCUUUGGUGAAUCUGGGAAGGGAUGGAUGCCUUUGUUGCAAGGCAAAAGUUGUGAUUUUCUAUUAGCUAGUUUCAUAGUUAGCAUGAGAAAGAGACAUGCCUUGUUCUCUGUGUGUGUGUGUGUGUGUGUGUAUCUAUAUACAUAUAUAUAUAUAUAUAUAUGCUCUUAAUGAUAUCAAUGAAUAUCUUGAGAUGUUUAAAAUGUUUUUGUAA